AUCAUGAAGACAUCCGCCUUCAUUUGACUCUCAUUGCUACAGACACGGCACGUCGCAUGUACAGGUAUUACUAUUCCUUAUGGGUUAUCAUGCAACUGGCUGCCACUCUAGAUUCCCUUCCUGACCGCUCCUCGUCCCUCCCAUGCCACGCUUGGGCACCAUCCCACUACUUUCGGGACUGCCACUUGGACCUCAUCUUCAUUCCAAUCUUUUUUCCUGCAACGCCGCGUCAAACCUUGCCUUCAAAAGGGAGGCUCUGGUCCGGUAGAGGCACGCUUCGCACACCCUCACCGUCUUGUUGAACGUCGUGUCCUCACUCCGUUGUCCGAAUUUGUCAGACCGGCGCCUGCGCCCUCUUUUUUCUGCACCCCAUCGCAAGACACGCUUUUUCGCCUUUUCGCCUUUUCGCUCUGUUGACUUCUUUCGACGGGCGGCAAACACAUGCAACGACAGCGACCCCCAAUGCAGGCACACGGUCGAGAUGCUAGCAACAUCUCCCUCCCCAAAUCUUCCAUCCAAGCACCUUGACGCUGCCGCUCUUCAUCCAUCAUUUUCUCCGCGACCCCACCAUCUUCCUCCGCCCCCUCAACCGCAAUAUGAUUAUUGCAACAAGCCUUCAAGAUCCGCCCUUACACAGAACGAUCUAAACAAGACUUAUUACCUCCCUUCAGACGGCUCUCUCUAUAACCUUCAUAGGACUUUCAGUACCAGAUCUCUUGACCGGUACAUCGAACCAGCUCAGCCAAGAGUCAAGAUGGUUGACGCUUCGACCCAAUAUUCCCCUCCAGACAUCAAGCCGGUUGCAACCUCAAACAAGACCCCAACCUCUACCAUCGCUGGCUUGCACUUGACCGACCCCAACGAGAAUUUCUCCAAAAAAGCGUCUUCCAGCCCGCCUGCAAACCAGGGCCGAUUGUCGCGGCAGGCUUCAACGGCCGAGGCCAGCAAGAUCCCCGUUCAAGAGCCUGGCCCCGUCCAAACGAAACGACAGGCAGUCGAUCCAGCCCCGAAGCCUUCUCCAGCCAUCAAUGGGGCACAUUCGGAAGACGAAUCCCCCGUCAAAAAAGCCCGUCCCGACGCUCCUCCUGUGCGCAUGAUGCCCAUCAUGUACGAGAACUGUAAUGUUCGAGAUCUUGUCGUUCUCAUUUCCUCUAUGUUGAUGGAGCUCAUUCGCUACAACGAUGCCAUCCCGCUAAGAGAGGGCCAUCUGACCCGUUUCCACUCCAGAGCACCACCUGGCAUAUCAGUCCUCGAUUACCUGCAGCGUUUGACCACUCAUGCCACGCUCUCUCCGCCUAUUCUUUUGAGUAUGGUAUAUUAUAUCGAUCGCUUGUGCGCUCUGUAUCCGGCAUUUACCAUUUCGAGCUUGACCGUCCACCGGUUUCUGAUCACGAGUGCCACGGUGGCCAGUAAGGGUCUAAGUGAUUCGUUUUGGACCAACAAGACGUAUGCCAGGGUUGGAGGAGUCAGCAUGAAAGAGUUGGCCCUUUUAGAGUUGGAGUUUUUAACCCGAAUGGAAUGGCGGAUAGUUCCAAAGCCCGAAGUCUUGCGUGACUACUACAAGAGCCUGAUUGAAAGGAACUCACAGUACCAGCUAGAACCCUGAGAACACCAGUUCUGUCCGACCGGCGUCCAUAUUUCGUUUAAAUUGUGGCAUGUUUCAUGCAGAUCCAGGCGACACACAAGCAUGUUGUGCCGACAGAGAAAUUGAGGAUUGAGACCAGCGAGAUCGGUCUCGGUUAUCAAUUGGAGACACCUUGCUCGAUGCAGCAAGCAAAAUCAGACGCAAAGACCAUGUUCCUGUCGUAAAAUGGCAACAGGAAAUAAGUCUGCCACCUAAUUCUCAAGUCAACCAACACACCGCACGUCUCCGAGGCUUCAGCAGUCGUCAACAUGCAUGCGGACAGCGUGCACCUCAAAUGUCUACGAAGCAUGCGAGGUUCUUAUCAAUGACUAU